GUCCAUCAUAGCACACGCGCUAGAAGCUCUCUUGUGGAUCCGGGAGGAACUCUAAUGCAUCUCUCUGGACGUAUGUGGCUUUUUUUGCCUUGUUGGAAGAAUUUAACCUUACUGACAUACUGAACUACUGCUCUACUACCCUGAUUCCUCCUGCUGAAUCGGGUCACUAACUUUACUAACCAUCGGAUGCUAUUCAGAGUCACCAUGUUGGGAGUUGACUUGGAAAAGAAAUGACUUCUUUUAAUGAAACACCGACCGAGACUCACCUGGAGAAUUAUAACUACAUUUUCGCCGACGAGACUUAUAAACUUCUGACUUUCACUGUCGGAUCUAUCGGAGUGCUGGGAUUUUGUAAUAACAUCAUCGUUAUUAUUCUGUACUCCAGAUAUAAGAGGCUCCGGACGCCGACUAAUUUGCUGAUCGUCAAUAUAAGUGUCAGCGACCUGCUGGUGUCCCUGACUGGAAUUAAUUUCACAUUCGUCUCGUGUGUGAAGAGAAGAUGGGUCUUUAAUUCUGCCACAUGUGUUUGGGAUGGAUUCAGCAACAGUUUAUUCGGGAUCGUGUCCAUCAUGACUCUCUCGGGCCUGGCGUACGAGCGAUACAUCCGUGUUGUUCAUGCCAAGGUGGUUGACUUCCCCUGGGCCUGGAGGGCAAUCACACACAUCUGGCUGUACUCGCUGGCCUGGACUGGAGCUCCUCUGCUGGGAUGGAACCGCUACACACUGGAGGUCCAUCAGUUGGGCUGCUCUCUGGACUGGGCGUCCAAAGACCCCAAUGACGCUUCGUUCAUUCUCUUCUUCCUCCUCGGAUGCUUCUUUGUCCCAGUGGGUGUCAUGGUCUACUGUUAUGGAAACAUCUUGUAUACAGUGAAAAUGCUGCGCUCUAUCCAGGAUCUGCAGACUGUUCAGACCAUUAAGAUCCUGCGGUAUGAGAAGAAAGUGGCGGUGAUGUUCCUGAUGAUGAUUUCCUGUUUUCUGGUGUGCUGGACGCCCUAUGCCGUGGUCUCCAUGCUGGAGGCCUUUGGCAAGAAGAGUGUCGUUUCCCCUACGGUUGCCAUCAUUCCUUCUCUAUUCGCCAAAUCCAGCACAGCCUACAACCCAGUCAUCUACGCCUUCAUGAGCAGAAAGUUUCGCAGAUGCAUGUUACAGAUGCUGUGUUCUCGUCUGGCCAGUCUGCAGCACACCAUUAAAGACCGACCCCUGUCCCGCAUCGAGCAUCCCAUACGACCUAUUGUGAUGUCCCAGAGCCGCACCGACCGGCCCAAAAAGAGAGUAACCUUCAGCUCUUCCUCCAUUGUCUUCAUCAUCGCCAGCCAUGACACUCAUCCUCUGGACAUCACCUCCAAAUGCCACGACGAACCAGACAUCAAUGUAAUUCAAGUUCGACCUCUUUGACAUUUGCAGUGGGGACAUUAAAGAAGUUCGAAUUCAAUGCGUUUAUAAUGUCCAGAACGUUCAACGGCAUCUGUUUUCAUUAACACGGAGGCAAGGAUCGAUUUGUUUAUUGCUGCAGCAAAAGCGCAACCUAAACUGACUUUUGUGUUUCCAAUCAAGACUUUGUAUGAUGUACAUAAACUGUAACUGCUGUAAGUGUUUAAUGAAAAUGACUUGAGUUCAAUUGUGUACCUUCGCCAUUGUACCUGACACUUAAUUUUCCACCUUCACCCAGUUUUAAUGGGAUGGUGAGAUAUCCAGCAGCUUAGAUCACACAAUUCGUGAGCGGAAUAUAUUAGACGGUGUGUUCAGAUAGAUUAAGGUGUCUUUCUAGAGGACAUUUGCUAGAGGAUUCGGCAAAUCCAGAAUGUCAGUCAAGUCCACAGUGCCCCCUGGUGGAAUCGAACGUUGUGUCCUAUUUCAGUGGGGUCAAGCAUUACUAUUUCAACAGCUUAAUUUUCAGAUUGAGGUUUGGACAAAACCCUAAGUAUUAAACCUUGGUGCAUUUAAAUCAAAUUGUGUUGCUUCUUGU